UCAGUUGUAACGAAGCUACACUCAUCCACCAUGAAGUUCGCAAUUGCUUUCUUGUUAUGCAUUUUGGGUAUGUCCCUGGCGCGUCCAGACACCAUCUUGGACUUCGAAGGGGAGGACCAUGAGCACGAACAGGAGGGGGAUGCUGGAGACAAAGUGGAAGGAACAUACAGUUGGACGUCUCCAGAAGGAGAUGAAUUCUACGUCAAGUACGUCGCUGACGAAGACGGCUACAGAAUCGUCGAGUCCAACGCCGUCCCCGUCAGCCACGACGGAGUCGCCGCUGACGGUAACCAGGGUUCCUUCACUUCUGACGAAGAAGAAGCAGAAAAAUAGGAAUAUGGAGUUAUUUAACAAAGUGAACUGAAGGGUUUUUUCCGAAUGAUCGACGCUGUAUUCUGGCAAUACGAAUCGAAUGUAAUUUAUUUCUUCGCAAUAAAUGCAGUAAAAGUA